AAUUGAUGCAAUACAGUAAUGUUAUCAUGAUUUAGGUUAAGAUGGAUGUCACUGGUUCAGUUCAGUUUCUUAAUUGAAAUCAAGAAUGCCGCUCACACUUAUUCAUUGUGAGGAUCCCACAAUUGAAACUUUUUGUCACAAAAUUCUAAAUGAACACCAAGAUACGAUGCACACUACCUUUGAGGAACAUGUGGCUGAUUAUCAGAAAACUUCACUAGGCAUAGGCCUAGUUGUGGGGAAGAUUGUCAAGGUACUAUCAUAUUCGGCUGAACUACAACGCUAUGUGUUACUGGUUAAAGAAUAUCUCCCAAGUCACCAAUAUGGCAAAAAAUUUAAAGCUGUUGUUGAAAGAGGUCUAGCUAGGAAGCUAGCAUGCUGUUUUCCUCAGACUGGUGACAGAGUAGCUUUUUUAAACCCAGAUUUAAUAUCUAAUCCAGCUUAUAAAUCUGAGGGUGCCAAGAGUCAAAAGGAGCAAAAGUGUUUAUUGCUCUGUAGUUAUGACAAGGGAGCAUUGAUGUGGUUUGCAAAAAAACAAGAAAUGGGUGGAAAAUCAGAUGAAGGAAAAUGUGGGAAGAAUAUUGAUAAUCCUGAUAAAAGUAGUCAACUUAAAGCCUCAGCUAGUUUGCAACAGCGUAAAAGUGAGAUAUUGCCAGCAGGUUCUAAUGCUGGACAAUGCAAUGAUGGAAACAUCCAGACUGGAUUUAGAAAACUGCAACCACAAAUUAACUUAAAGCGUUGCAAUAUUUUCUACAACUAUACAACCAUUAGUGUUAUAAAACAAAUUUGUUUGAGAGGGUGUCCAAAAGAAAAAGUCCAUUUAUUUGGAGUGGUAAAUAAAAUUAUAAAGCCAAUCUCAACAACUAAAACUGAUAAGUAUAUGUUGGUGUGCGAGUUAAUGGACGACAGUGAUACAAAUAACUUGUUCACGUGUUAUUUUUUCACUGCCGAAAUAACUGUUAUCAGUGAAAUUGAAGUUGGAGAUAUUUUGCGACUACACAGAGUUAAGCUUGAAAAAACCAAUGAGGUUGAUGGAAGAGUGUUUUUCAGUCAUGAUAUUGUUAUUUUUAAGGAUGGCUGGCCUGGUAUCAAACCAAUAACAAUUGCCAAAAACACAAUGAUCACAGAUGAUGACAAGAAACGAGUAAUAAACCUAAGGAAAUGGAAUGAAGAUUUCAGAAAAACACCCACUUUAAUAUCCAAUAUAAAUAAAGUCGAUUUAUACUGCAUUAAUUGUAAGGUGUUGAAAGAGCCACAGAGGAAAAAGAAUUCCGUUACUUUAAAUGUUACUGAUGGGAGUGCAACAAAUAAAGUACUUCCUUCUGUUCCCAUACAAAAGUACAAAAGUAAAAAGGGUCAGUCGAUAGAACAUAUUGUCACGUGUAUUUUUGCCUAUGACAAUUUAGAAGAAUAUGCUGCUCUCAAGGUAGAUAGUUAUGUUACUCUUUCUAACGUUGAGGCAGUUCCAGAGAAAGAAGACAACUACAGGCUUAAACUUACUGGGAAAUCAUCCUUCAAAGUCUUAAAAAAAAAUAGCAUUGAAGCCUCAGAUAUAGAAUGUCGAAUAGAGAAAAAUAUCAAGACCUUUGAACCAAAUAACUGCAAACUGGAGAGUGUUGAAAAGAUAAAUGGUAAAGAAAACGAGACCUCAGUCCUAACAAGGCAGCAAAACAACAAGCUAACUACUUCAUCAGCCAAAGACUCUGUAAAUCCAGUUGACUGCAAUAAUAUAUCUGCUUCAAAACACAACAGUUUCUUAAAUGCCAAAGAUGACAGUGACUCUGGAACCAAAUCAAGGAAACAGCUAUUUACACCAAAUUAUAUGACUGAUCUGAGUGACGCUGCUACUGAUGAAACUAGUGAACUCAAUAUAGAAAUGUCAAAAAAAGAGCAUCAACUUGCCAAAAGCUGUUCAUCAAAUAAGGAGGAAAGUUUUAAACUACCAGACAACAGUGGUCACACUAAAGAUAUUACCAGGAAAAGGGGGCUGAAUACUUCAGUAUUACGAGAGGACGAUGAUGAUGCGGAGACUGUUCUAAACCACUCUCUUCAGCAAAAUGUCACGGAUAAAAAGAAGAGACUAAGGAUAGAGUCCCUGUCCACAGAAGAAGGAAACCCAAGGGGAAAUCGAGAUGAUAUUGAUCAAGAACUAGAAGAUAGAGGACAGAAAGUGUCCGAUUGGCUAUUUCAUCCCAAAAACAACAUAGACAACCAAGAUGAUACUGCUGUCAAUGAAUUGGAUAUAGAAGUUACUAAGCAGAUUCUUGGUUGCAAUCAUCAACCUGAAGACAUGUCACAGUAUAUCAAAGCACCCUGUUAUAGAAUGGCGGGAUUUUUACUAGACAUACUGCCAAAUCCCUUAAGUAACCCAUUGGACCUGGUGAGUGGGUUUUGCCAUUCAGGAUGUCACGGUAUGUUCUUGUACUCUACCAUAAAAUGGCUACAAGAAGAAACUGGUUCCAUCCCUCUAUGUCCAGAAUGUGCAAUAAUAGAACAAGAAAAUGAGCUGCAAUUGAUGUUUAUGAUGACAUUGAUGAUAUUGCACCCCUCAGGCAGUCAUUUCGAAGUACUUGUUGCCAGAAACCAUGCAGACCAAUUCCUCAAUUGCUCAGUUGCUGAUUAUAUGAAGGACGAGGUAGUUCGUCGGAGCAGAGUGCAGUUGUUGACCGACUACACAGUGAAGACCACUUACCAGUCAGCCCACACACCUAUGCUGGAAAUGUGUGUCAUACCCUUACAACAAUCCUCACCUAUCCUUGUACUGGUCAACACUAUUCUCAAUAUACCCCUACUGUGAUCUAGUGUAAAUGUUAAUGUGGAAUCUGCAUGUUUAUUUAUUAUCACUGUACAAGAUUUUAAUAAAAAAGAUAAAUUCUGAAGGUC